CGAUGGGAUGUUGCCAGCUCCACUCACCGCGGCCGGUGGGGCGGAAGACGACGCGGACGAUACCACGCUCGACGCCAAUCAGCUUCCCAACGAGACCCUCGCGGCGAUCUUCAGCUUCCUCGCGCCCUCCGAGAUUGUGACGCUCACCUGCGCGUCGCGGCGCUUCAAUGCGGUCGCGGAGCGCAUCCUGUACUCAUCGAUUGCGGUGUCGGACACGGUAUCUGACGCGCAGGUGCUGCCGUACCGCACGCUGCGGGUUUGCGAGGCGAUCCUUCGGAGGGCGCAUCUGCACGACGUAAUCAAGCAUUUGGGUGUGCGUUGGCAUGCCGCGGAGGACUGCGACAAGGGCUUGCUUGCCCAGCCGCUGCGGGACGUCGCGUGCUGGCGACUGAGGCUGGUGCUGAACGUACUUCCCACCUUGGAAUCCCUCGAGCUCCUCCUUGGUCCAGCGAACCUCGCGCCUGGUGCAUCGUCACACGCCAUCGAGGCCGCAAUCCGCGACUGCGCGCUGCCGAACCUGCGAUAUUGCUCCUUCGGCGCGGAGUGGACGAAAGACGCACAUCCUUACGGCCCCGUCCUCGAUGCCUUCCUCGGCUCGUGUGCUGGAUCCCUACACCACCUCAAACUUUACGACCAUCGCGGGGCAGUCAACGUUCCUCCAGGCAUAUUUCCUCACCUCGUAUCCUUCCGCGGGUAUGCGAACACCGCCGCCUCCCUCCUGCCCAACAACUGCGUCACGUACCUCGCACUCACUGGCCAAGAUUCGGACGUGACGCGCGACAACCUCCCGCGGAUGGCGCUCGGGCGCGCCCCCCUGCGCUACCUCGACCUCGCGGGCAUGUCCGUGCGCCCCGUGCUCCUGCGCAGCGUCGCCGAGUGCUUCCCCGCGCUCGAGGGCAUCAAGAUCCGCCUCGCGCUGCGGCACACGCUGCACUACGCGCUCUCUGGCAUCGAUAGAGGCUGCUCUCCGCGCUCUCGAGCGUCCUCAGCAGCUUCCCCUCGCUCACGUACCUCGACCUGUCGCCGACCGGCGUAGACCAGGCGGCGCAGAGUUCGGCGGAGGAGGAAUUGUGCGCGCAGUGGCGACAGGCGUGUCCGACAUUGAGGACCAUCGUUUUUCCAUCGGAGACACAAUGGAUUUUGAGGGACGACGGGUCAUGGGGCAUGGUUCAAUAGCCGCGGGUGGCAUGCAGCACUUGGCAUAUACACAGGUCGGCGCAUAAUGCGCACAUCGAUAGCUGCAGAAUCCAUGGACUAACGGUCCUGAGGGGGCGCUAUUAUUGACCUGCAAUACAUAAGCAGCGUAUAGACGAGUGGGAGGAUACAAUAUCAACUUAAGGAUACCCGAAAAAAACAUACGGAUGCCAGAAACAGCGUCCGGCCGAGGAAGAGAAAGUGCG